AUGGAUCUUUACCACGCCGCAGCUCUCUUCAUCCGAGACAUGUACAGAGACUUGGAGGCAGAUGUCAAGAAGUCCUUACCCUCAGAGCUGGUCUCAUAUGUGGAGUCUUUGGCACCAAGUGUUUUUGUGGCUGUAGGGGCUCACGUGAGCUGUGGCAGGGACACCAGUGUCCAUGCCGCCUCCAGGACAGUCUGCUACCUGGAUGAAAAGGAAAACGAUUGGAAAGUACUAACAGAUCUCCCACUGGAAGCCAGCACCUCCAUGGCUGGGGUGACAGUUUUAGACAACAAACUUUACAUCGUCGGAGGAGUUCAUGGAGUUCACAAACAAGUUGUAGAGUCUUGUUUCUGCUACAGUGUUGAAGACAACACCUGGACUAGGAUUACCAGCCCGGCACAAUUGCGGUAUAAUUUCAGCCUUGUUGGUGUGGAUGGUUGUCUUUAUGCCAUUGGAGGAGAAUUUGAGCAAACAGUGAUGUCAUGUGUGGAAAUAUACAACACAAAGAGAGACACAUGGACAUUUGCUGCUCACUUACCUCGACCGGCAGCAGGAGCAGCUUGUACCAAAACUAUGAGGAGGAUUUUCCUCUGUUUGUGGAGGCCGAUGGAGACCACAGAGAUCUAUGAGUAUGUCCCAAUAAAAGAUGAGUGGCAACUCAUUACAACGCUAAUCCGACACCAGAGCUAUGGCCACUGUUUGGUGGGCCACAAAGACAACCUUUAUGUCAUGAGGAAUGGCCCAUCUGAUGACUUUCUGAGAUGCUUGAUAGACUGCUACAGUUUGAGUUCUGGUCAGUGGUCAUCCCUACCGGGACAUUUUGCUAACAGCAGAGGCUCCCUGUUUACAGCUGUGGUGAGAGGAGACUUUGUGCUCACUCUGAACAGGAGCAUGACUUUAGAGUAUAAAGUCGAGGGAAGAAACUGGAAGCCCAGGCACCAGAUGAAGGGUUUCCCCAGAAGUGGGUCAUUGUGGACAUUUGUGCUCCGACUGCCUGAUUUUUGAAGAUCUAACUUUCACAUAACGUUGAAGUCCCCAGUAUUUUAUUUUUAUUUUUUGCAUUGGGAAUCUGUUUCAUACAAGAAAAAACUUUCCAGAGGAAUUGUGGGGGGAUUUUUUUUGUUUUGUUUUCCAGCCAAGAUUGGUUUUACCCAUCUUUAACAGAGUUAGCCUG